AUGCAUCAUCCACACGCGCUGGUUGCUCCUCUGGAAAUUGGCGCCUCCGAUGACGAGGCUAGUGAUGGCGGCUUUUCGGAUGACUCUCUAGAAGACUUAUCGGCUCUCCUUGGGCGAGGACGGCCUAAUCCCGCAGCUCAGAAUUUGUUUGAUACCCCCAGGGCUAAGAGAACGGCAACUGGGCCGUUUGUAUCGCCCUUCAAAGCUGUGCCAAAACACAAGUUUGACCUGAAAGCCCUUGCCAAGGAUGCUCGCCUGGAUAAUGCCUUAAACGCAAGCUCGCUGAAGGCAACGGCCUCUACAGACGCCGCUGAACUCCCAUCUUCACAACGAGGAGAAGAAUUUGACCUUGCCUUUGCUGAUAUUGUCAAAGAAAAGAGCGGGCAAGAUGCACACAAAGUCCUCAGGGCGGUUCAAAGGGCGGAGCCAAUACGGUCUCAAACUUGGUACUGCUUCUUCGAUAAAGACUACAAAGUUCCCCCAAGCACACCUGUUCCAAAGCUUCCUGAAAAAUCGCCGUGGAAAUUAUUAACCCAAGGAAACUCGGCGGCGAGGGAACGAAAUCUGACAUCUGGGGUUCCUCAAAGUAUCCUGGCCAAGAACGGUGGAUUACCGGAUUCUCUGUUCGAGUGGAUACUGGAUGAGUUGUGCAUUGAGAGAUCGCCUCUUAUUCGGCGUGAAUAUUGCGAUAUCAUCUACGGCUGUCCUAAUCAGGUAGAACGGCUUUUGACCCCUGAGCGAUUGGAGGAACUGUUCCUCAGACUGGGGGCUAGCGAGGACAUCAUGUUUCGGGAUUCUGAGAUACCUGUCUCGAAAACAAACCAUGAGUCAUAUCAAGAUCGUGACUGGUCAAAUCUGGAGUCGUUUUUGGCCCUUCUAAGUAUGAUCUCAAGGCACUUGCCAGCUGUGUCCGCCAUCUAUGCAUCACAUACUCUACUUCGGAUGUCUAUGGACAAGCUGUUGAUAUACAACAUUGACCUAUUGACGAUGUACGAGGAUGCUAUCGAAAAGCUAGUCAAUGCAAUUGCUAGCUCAUCAUGGGAUUCAUUCUGUGGUGAUGCAUGCUCCAUUUUGCGGACAACCAUCAAAGCCCAGCACAUUAGGGUCAAUGCAUUGCAAUGUUUACCUAUACGCAAUGCUCGAACGCACGAUCUCCGGAGGAGACUUGCUAUUUCCUUCUUGUUCGAUGACUCUAGCCUCGGCAGCCGCCAUUCAGAAGAGUUUUUUACCGUUAGAAGUGCCAUUGAUCGCCUCGACAAGGAUGACUUCAACAUCACCUCCCAAACCGAUUUCGCGGAGCUCAAAGCCAUGAUAAUCAUUCUGGACAUCGCUGUUGAUGAUGGAUGCCCACCGGAACCAAGCAGCCUAGAAGACGAGCAACAGUUCAACCAAGACAUCGAUGAGCUCGCGACGAAGCUUAGGGAGAUUUGGCGCAAGAUCAACGACUCGGGCAUGAAAAUCACGCGGACCGAGGCGAAAAGCGUCAUCGAGUGGGUUCAGCAACGGCUAUCCAACACGGUUCGCACGCGCAGAAAGGCCAAGAAGAGCAUCUUCGAUCUUCCUGGCCACGAGGACCUGGCGUCCCUGCCGAAGCAGCAGGAAUAUAUGGCCAAGUUUUUCCGAAAGAUACCCAAGCCGCAAAGCAGAGAAUGA